CUAUUUAACUGCGUUAAGACCUUAGACGUUUCUGGCAGAUCGUGUUAUUCUAAGUUGGCUAUCGGGACAAAAUGAACACCCGUUAAAUCGGUUUCUUAAUGAAAAUUAAGACAUGGUUACAAACUUGCUCAGUUCACAGAUAUAACACCAGCCCACUAUUUUCCGUUAAGCAUGGGAUGUUGUCCAGGUUUGAUCAGGUUUCUCUUUGGGUAGCUAUUUGCUGACUGUUAAGUGGAAAGUGGGUAAGAUGGUCUCCUUUGUGGUUCUCACCUGGGGUGUUAGAUGUUUUAUUAUUUAAGCUGAUCUGAGAUCAGUGGUGGGAUCGUCGUGUGGGGAUCAAUGUCGAGAAAACUGGCCCUAGAUCGGUCUGAAAGAAAGACAUUGACCCCUUAUAGUGCUGCCAAGUAUGUGGUCACACGGGCGGGAAGAGAAGGUCUGAAGGUCAGGCGAGAUGACAAACUGUUUCAUGUUUGGCACAUGUGUUGAGCUCUACCUGGCAUCAGUUAAGCCAACAGUGCCGCUAAGAAGACUAUAUUUCUUUCCACUAAGAAAUCUACGGCACCUCAACUCUGAAUAAACAUGAGUGUUUCUCAUGAAACCCUUUUGGAUCAUGUGUUAGAGCUGAUUAUGAACGAGAAGCCUCCAAACAGCACCAGUCUGUUUCUGAGUGAAGAUUCUGAGAAGCCUCAGCGUGCCGACGAAGGGCUGCAGCGUCUGUGCAGGGCUAUACAGAAGCAGAUGUCUGGAGGCAGGAGAAAGAUGAGCGGCGUCACACGAGAGAGCGUCAAGACCUUCCUUCGGCGGAAUGCCUUCGUCAUCUUUACUGUGGCCGCCGUGGCUAUAGGUGUGCUGCUGGGCUUCGCUCUGAGACCUCAUAACCUGACCGCCAGAGAAGUGAAGUAUUUCUCUUUCCCUGGAGAACUGCUGAUGAGGAUGCUUCAGAUGCUUGUUCUACCUCUUAUCGUCUCCAGUCUCGUCACAGGAAUCUCUUCCUUAGACAGCAAAGCUUCUGGGAAAAUGGGAAUUCGGGCCAUCAUUUACUAUAUGGUGACCACAUUUAUAGCUGUUUUCAUCGGUAUUGUCAUGGUGAUUAUAAUAAGGCCGGGUAAAGGGAGCAGAGACAGUCCGAUGGCAUCUAGUGGCAGCAUUGAGCCGGUGCAGGCCGCUGACGCCUUUCUGGACCUGAUAAGAAACAUGUUUCCACCAAAUCUAGUUGAGGCCUGCUUCAAACAGUACAAAACAUUAUACAAGAAAACCGUGUUGACCAGAAACAUCACCAUCACGGUCAAUGCUACAGAAAUGAUGAACUCUACAGAUCUCCAGACGUUGAACUUCAGCACAGUCCUGCAGACGCUCCAGGAGACGGUGGAAGAGGUGGUGCCUGUUUCAGGUUCCUCUAAUGGGGUGAACGCCCUGGGGCUGGUGGUCUUCUCCAUGUGCUUUGGAUUAGUGAUCGGGAACAUGAAACAGCAGGGUCAGGCUCUGCGCGACUUCUUCGACUGCCUGAAUGAGGCUAUAAUGCGUUUGGUGGCGAUUAUUAUCUGGUACGCUCCGGUGGGCAUCCUCUUCCUAAUCGCGGGGAAGAUUGUAGAGAUGAAGGACCUUGCGCAGGUGGGAGGACAGUUGGGGAUGUACACAGUGUCUGUCAUCGUCGGGCUGCUGAUCCACGGACUGUUCGUUCUGCCUCUGCUCUUCUUUGUGGUGACCAGGAAGAACCCUUACACGUUUAUCGCCGGUCUGCUGCAGGCUCUCAUCACUGCGCUGGGCACAUCCUCCAGCUCUGCCACCCUGCCCAUCACUUUCCGUUGUCUUGAGGAAAACAAUCAUGUGGACAAACGAGUGACGCGAUUCGUGCUGCCAGUUGGAGCCACGAUCAACAUGGACGGCACAGCUCUGUACGAGGCAGUAGCGGCCAUAUUUAUCGCCCAAGUCAAUGAUAUGGACCUCAAUUUUGGACAAAUCCUCACUAUCAGUAUCACGGCGACCGCAGCCAGCAUCGGAGCAGCAGGCAUCCCUCAGGCUGGCCUGGUUACCAUGGUGAUAGUAUUGACAUCGGUGGGACUGCCCACAGAGGACAUUACACUCAUCAUCGCAGUGGACUGGUUCCUUGACAGACUCAGGACCACCACCAAUGUGUUGGGGGAUUCCUUCGGUGCUGGGAUUGUUGAACACUUGUCACGACUGGAACUUCAAAACCAAGAUGUUGAAAUCAGCAACUCUGUGAUCGAGGAGAACGAAAAGCCGUACCAGCUGAUCUGUCAGGAGAAUGACUCUCUGAAGCACCGCAACAGUGAAACCACCAUGUAACUAACCUUCAGCACUGUUAUAUAGAACAGAAAAAUUACAGUGUGCUCAAUCACAUAUUGUAAACAACACAGACAUAUCAGUAUGUUCAGAAUGUGACUAAAUGAAACACCAAUUCGAAUGUAAGAUUUGUGGUUUUAUUUGUCUGUAUUUUGCAUAUUUUGAAGUAAAUUACAUCCAAGGCAGAGUAGCACCCAGUGAGAUCACUAUGCUAAUUUUAUACCGUAAUGCUUCAAGACUGUUUUAAACAUUAUACAUCCUUGUAUAACGUAUAAACAGUAUUUUCAAAUGAAGAUAUAUGUUGUUAUUAAACCAGCAUAUUUACAAUGUCUUUUAGAAGUUUGAACUGUAUUAUCUCAUACACAUGAUGCCAGACUAAGGCAACUUUUCAAUGUUCAUAUGAUGUUCAAUUUUACUAUACAAUACUGGAGUUAUACUCUAUAGUGUUAUGAUUGAGACUGUGAAGAAUGUAAAAGUAUAGUCCCUUCCCUAAAAUGGCUUUUAGUGAAACUAUUAUUAUUAGUAGUAGUAUUAUAUUAGUAUUAUUAUGUUUAUGAUAGUCUGCCAUUAUUUUUGAAUGUUGCCAUUAGAGAAAGUAUUAUCAGCUAUGAGUGGUUUGUUUUAAAGGGAUAGUUCACCCUAAAAUGAAAAUUCUGUCACCAUUUACUCACAUUUGAGUUGUUCCAAAUCUGUAUAAAUUACUUUGUUCUGAUAAACACAGAGAAAGAUAUUUGGAAGAAUUGGCUACAAGCAUUCGUCCACAUUUUUUGUGUUCAACAGAACCUGUUUGGAACAACUAUAUAGAGAGUGAGUUACUCAUGACUCAUCAAUUCAUUUUUGGGUGGACUGUCCCUUUAAUGAAAUCAUUUUAGCGUUUUGGUUAAUUUAUGUUUUUGUGCCCAAUUUAUUUCUAAUUCACCGUUUAUGCUGUGAUGUGUCAGUUUAGUUAAUUGUGAAUGUGAUUAAAACUGAUCUAUGGGCCAAAUGCGAAAAUAUCUACCCCUCCUGUCAGUGUCUGAGUGACGUGUAUCGUAGACUAUAAAUGCUCAUGGGGGUUACUAUAUUUUUAAAUGCAAACUGUUCUGUGAAAAUGUGAUUGUAUUAAUUUUGUUAUUAUUGUAUUAAUUAUUUAUAUUCAUUAAUAUACGCUUAUUUGACACACUUGUUGUUCUAAGCCUUUCUUAGUUGGUGUAAGCAUAUUUUUGGCUUGAGUACAUGGAUAUUUUACAGCCUGGAUGGUGUUAAAAAAAAUAAAUGUCUCAGGAAUAACACUA